GACGUAAUACCUGUACCCCGAGCAUACAUAGUUGCGUGACAAUUAUCCUCAUAGAGGACAUCCUGUAGGAAGACAGGUGCCUCAACUAAAGAGAGAUCCACAACAUGAUCUAAACUAGCAAAGUGAGCUAAUCUAUUAGUUGCACUAUUUGCUUCAUGAUAAACAUGCCGAAUUCUAAUAUAAUCAAACGCAAGCAUAAAAUGUUUACAAUCAUCUAGAAUCCGACUUUUUAAAUGUGGGACGAUUUUAUAUAAUCCUCAAUUGGUAACCCGUACUCGAAACCCUUCACAAUACACUCAAUAGUCGGUAAUCCAUACUUAAAUCAACAGGUAGAGGAGCUCUCAUCACACGAGUCACAUUCAAGAACAGACGCAAUUGAAAUGGUGACCAGUGACCCCCAAAUGAUCACAACUGACGUCUCCAUUACCUCAUCAGACACACGUUGGUGUCACUGAGACACCCAUCUUCAUGCUUCUAUAAAGCAACACACACCAAGCCACUUCUACAACACAGCCCCAUAUCUUGAACAAACCAAGCAACACAAUGAUGCUGCCAAACACUUCAAAAUUUGCCCUCUUUCUUUUCCUUUUGCUAUCAUCGGCUUCAUGGGCACAUUCCAAAACUCCAACCCUAGACAGUUUCAGCCAAUGCCUCUCCGAUAACACCGAGAUUUUGAUACCAUUCUCUAAGGCCUUCGUCACCCCAAACAAUUCCACAUUCCUUCCUACCCUACAGUCCACUGCACAAAACCUCCGGUACUUGACCCCUUCGGUGCCAAAGCCCGAGUUCAUCUUCACUCCAUUGCUCGAUUCCCAUGUCCAAGCUGCGGUCAUUUGCUCAAAACAGCUUGGAAUCCAUCUGAGAGUCCGAAGUGGAGGCCAUGACUAUGAAGCACUCUCUUAUGUCUCCCAAACCGAAACACCUUUCAUCAUUGUAGACCUCGCCAAGCUUCGAUCAGUCAACAUUGACAUCGAAGACAACAGUGCUUGGGUCCAAGCCGGUGCCUCCAUUGGUGAAGUUUACUACAGAAUUGCAGAAAAAAGCAAAACACAUGGCUACCCUGCCGGACUCUGCACGAGUCUCGGUGUUGGCGGGCACAUUACUGGAGGUGCGUAUGGUACCAUGAUGAGGAAGUAUGGCCUUGGUGCUGACAAUGUCAUUGAUGCUCGGAUUGUUGAUGUUAGUGGCAGGAUUCAUAAUCGAGAAUCAAUGGGAGAGGAUCUGUUUUGGGCCAUCAGAGGAGGUGGAGGAGCAAGCUUUGGGGUUAUUCUCUGGUGGAAGAUCAAGCUUGUUCCUGUUCCAUCAACUGUGACAGUUUUUUCAGUUGUAAAGACCCUUGAGCAAGGCGCCACGAAGCUCCUCCAUAGGUAUCAACAAGUAGCUGCCACUGAGCUUGAUGAAGAUCUCUUCAUUAGAGUUAUCAUACAACCAACGGUCAUCGACACCAAAAGUGGUAACAAAACUGUCGCGACUAUCUACCAAGCUCAGUUUCUUGGAGGCGUUGACAGACUCCUUGAUGUUAUGGGAACAAGUUUCCCUGAACUGGGUCUGACAAGGAAAGAUUGCACACAAACAAGUUGGCUCAAAUCUGUGAUGUUCAUAGCAGGUUACCCAAGUGGAACUCCACCUGAGGUUUUGCUUCAAGGAAAAUCCACUUUCAAGAACUACUUCAAAGCCAAGUCAGAUUUUGUCAAAGACCCAAUUCCGGAAUCUGCACUUGAGGGGUUAUGGAAAAGGUUGUUCGAACAAGCCUCUCCUUUAGUGAUUUUCAACCCAUAUGGAGGAAUGAUGAGCAAGAUUUCGGAGUCGGAGAUACCGUUCCCACACAGAAAAGGAGUGCUCUUCAAGAUUCAGUACCUGACUACAUGGCAAAAUAAAGAUGAAGAUGAAGCAGAGCACAUGGAUUGGAUUAGGAAGCUAUACAAUUACAUGGCUCCUUAUGUUACGAUGUUCCCAAGGCAAGCAUAUGUGAACUAUAGGGAUCUUGAUUUGGGGAUUAACAAGAAGAGCAACACAAGCUUCAUUGAAGCAAGUGCUUGGGGUAACAGGUAUUUCAAGGACAACUUCAACAAAUUGAUAAAGAUCAAGACCAAAGUCGACCCUGAUAACUUCUUCAGGCAUGAACAGAGCAUCCCACCUCUUCCACUCCCUCUACGAACAUCAUCUACAACUGUGAGGUGAUCAUUAUGAAAAGCCAGAGCCAAGUGAUCAUGGUGUUUGAAGCGUGGUAAGAAUCUUAUGGGUUCUUCAUUAGUGUGUUUUAUUCAAUAGAAUGUUUGCCUGAUUAUACUGGAAUAGAAUUCAAAUAAGUCUCUGGGUAUUAAUAUUCAAAAUUGUUGUAGAAUAGUUAUGUACUCCAAUUUACAUGGGACCUGCAAUAAUAGAUUUGUUACAGGAAAGAGCUGGAAUAAUGGGUUUCUUUUUGGAGAUAGUUUAAUAUCCAAAUGAAUUGAUCAUCUAU